AUGCGGAGCUCAAGUCAACUGUCCUGGCGCUGGACAUCCUACCUCUGCCUUCUCUCCAUUCUCUGCGCCCUAUUUACGCCGGCCGUCAUGGUGAAAGAGAACGACUUCAAGAAGUGCAGUCAGUCAGGCUUCUGUAAGCGGAACCGAGCUUACGCCGACCACGUCGAGAUCCAGGGCGCCGCCUGGCAAGCACCCUAUAAAAUCUCAUCCGACAAGGCCUCCUUCAAGGACGGUCAAUUCCAAGCAACCAUUUUGAAGACCGUCGACGAUGAUGGAAGGACAGUUACCCUCCCAGUGACUGUUUCGUUCCUCAAGUCGGGUGCCGCACGAGUCACCAUCGAUGAGGAGAAGCGCCAAUUGAAAGAUAUCGAGUUACGCCAUGAUAGCUCGGCCCGAAAAGAAAGAUACAAUGAGGCCGAGAAAUGGGUGAUUGUCGGAGGUUUGACUCUUGACAAGGAUGCCACUGUUGCACAACAGAGCGAGACGGGCAUGACCGUCAAGUACGGUCCCGAUUCAUCCUUUGAGGCUGAGAUUAAAUAUGCACCCUUUGGUAUCGACUUCAAGCGUGAUGGCGCUGUCCAGGUUAAACUCAACGACCGCGGGCUUUUGAACAUGGAACAUUGGAGAGCAAAGGUGGAAAAGGCCGAACCUGAAAAGGCAGAAGGCGAGGAUGGUGAGAAGCAGGAGAAUAAAGCCGAGCCGGCAGAGGUCCCUGCCUACCUUGACGAGGGCACCUGGUUCGAGGAGACGUUUGGUGGAAAUACCGAUACCAAGCCUCGUGGUCCCGAGAGUGUUGCUCUUGACAUCACUUUCCCCGGCUAUGAGCAUGUGUUUGGCAUUCCCGAACACACUGGGCCUCUGUCUUUGAAGGAAACCCGUGGCGGCGACGGCAACUACAACGAGCCCUACAGGUUGUACAACGCUGAUGUUUUCGAGUACAUCCUCGAUAGCCCCAUGACUCUGUACGGGGCCAUUCCGCUGAUGCAAGCCCAGCGGAAAGACUCUACUGUUGGUGUCUUCUGGCUCAACGGUGCUGAGACCUGGAUUGAUAUUGUCAAGGCCAAGGAGAGCAAGAACCCCCUGGCACUUGGUCUGGGUUCCAAGACCAGCACGCAUACGCAUUGGAUCUCGGAAUCUGGCCUGCUAGACGUGUUCGUUUUCCUCGGUCCCACUCCCCAGGACAUCAGUAAGACAUAUGGCGAGCUUACUGGCACAACCGCUAUGCCCGCAGAGUUUGCCAUUGGCUACCACCAAUGCCGCUGGAACUACGUCUCUGAUGACGAUGUGAAGGAGGUUGAUCGCAAAAUGGACAAGUUCAAGAUUCCAUACGAUGUCAUUUGGCUAGACAUUGAGUAUACCGAUGAGAAGAAGUACUUCACGUGGGACCCCAAUAUGUUUGCAGACCCCGUCUCCAUGGGCAAGCAACUCGACGACCACGGACGGAAGCUGGUUGUCAUUAUUGACCCUCAUAUCAAGAAUACUGGUGGCUACCACGUCAUCGACGAGCUCAAAUCCAAGGGUCUGGCAGUCAAGAACAACAAGGGCAAUGACUUUGAAGGCUGGUGCUGGCCCGGCUCUUCCAUGUGGGUGGAUUGCUUCAACCCUGCUGCCAUCAAGUGGUGGACAUCGCUCUUCAAGUACGAUGCGUUCAAGGGCACCCUGGAGAAUACCUAUUUGUGGAACGACAUGAACGAGCCGUCCGUUUUCAACGGGCCUGAGGUCACAAUGCCAAAGGACAACCUCCACCAUGGUGGUUGGGAACACCGGGACGUUCACAACAUCAAUGGCAUGACCUUUCAUAAUGCAACCUUUGAAGCCCUUUUGAGUCGCAAGAAGGGCGAGCUUCAUCGACCCUUUAUUCUCACGCGUUCCUUUUUUGCUGGCUCCCAACGUCUGGGCGCCAUGUGGACCGGUGAUAACCAGGCCAGUUGGGAGCAUCUCGGCGCAGCCGUACCCAUGAUCCUCGCGCAGGGAAUCUCUGGCUUCCCUUUCGCUGGAGCUGACGUUGGUGGAUUCUUUGGCAACCCUGAACUGGAGCUGCAAUCACGGUGGUACCAAGCCGGUGCCUUCUAUCCCUUCUUCCGCGGCCACGCGCAUAUUGAUGCUCGUCGUCGUGAGCCUUACAUGGCUGCUGAACCAUACCGGUCCAUCAUCACUGCAGCCCUGCGUCUCCGCUACAGCCUCAUGCCAUCAUGGUACACUGCGUUUUUCCACGCCCACCGGGACGGCAGCCCGAUCAUCCGCCCCAUGUACUGGACGCACCCUAGCGAAGAAAGUGGCUUUGCCGUUGACGAUCAGUUCUUUGUUGGCACAACCGGUCUCCUGGUCAAGCCCAUCGUCGAAAAGGAAAAGGUAACAGCUGAUAUCUACAUUCCCGACAAUGCAAUCUAUUACGACUAUUUUACAUACGAGAAGCUCUCUACACACCAGGGCAAGACAGUCUCGAUCGAUGCUCCGAUUGAGAAGAUCCCCAUUGUGAUGCGCGGCGGCCACAUUUUCCCGCGCCGCGAUACCCCUCGCCGCUCGACACAACUCAUGAAAUUCGACGACUACACUCUUGUUGUUACCCUUGGCAAAGACUUGACAGCUCACGGAGAGCUAUAUGUCGACGAUGGUGAUUCCUUUGAUUACCAAAAGGGACAGUACAUUCAUAGAGUCUUCGACUUCCAUCAGUGGGUUUUGACUUCCACUGCUGCACCUAGUGAUGAGGGCAAGAACCUUCGCGAGGGCGAUUGGCUCAAGAAGUUCCAUGAUGUCAGCUUUGAUAAAAUUAUCAUCAUCGGUGCUCCAUCAUCCUGGGAGGGCAAGACAGAAAUCGAGGUCCUCUCUGGUGGCAAGAAGACCAAGGUCCCCUUCCACUUCAACAAAGCCGAAGGCAGUCGUGCUGCUUUUGCUACCGUUGGGCGCAUUGGUGCUAGAGUCGGCGCAGACUGGGAGAUUGAUUUUGCUUAG